AUGGCGCACAGCACGCCGAUGAAUGCCGUCUUCACUUUCAACCUAAAUCACAAAAUUCUCCCUCGACGGGUCGCCGUCGGUCGCUUUGAUGGAACCCAUCCGUGCAUUGUUGCAGCCACGUCUGCUGAAAAGGUUUUCGUCCACAAUCCUCACACGAAGACGAAACGACAGGGCGAUCGAUGGCUGACGGACCCAGCAGCCGCAGCUGCAGAUGUUUCCCUCCUGAACAUAAAUCAGAAAGUGUCAUCGCUGGCAACAGGAACCCUGAGGCCAGGGUCUUCCGAGGAGGUCCUCGUCGUAGGAACACCGAAUUCCGUACUAGCAUACGACGUUGAAAAUAACAGCGAUCUAUUCUACAAAGAGAUUGCGGACGGCGCGAAUUGCUUGUGCGUGGGGCAUCUAGGCACGAUCACGUCUCCCCUUGUCCUUGUCGGUGGGAACUGCUCCAUUCAAGGCUUCGACUACGAAGGGAAUGAUGUGUUCUGGACGGUGACUGGUGACAAUAUAACUUCGAUGGCUCUUACGGACUUCAAUGGCGACGGUCUUCAAGAGCUGCUGGUGGGUUCAGAGGACUUCGACAUCCGAGUCUUCAAAGAAGAUGUCAUUGCGCACGAAAUCACUGAAACGGAGUCGAUCGUGUUCUUGUGUUCACUAACUUCUGAGCUCUUCGCAUACGCGCUGGUGAACGGUACAAUCGGCGUUUAUCAGAAUGGAGGUGCUCGGCUGUGGCGAAUUAAGUCGAAAAAUCAGCCAAUCUGCCUCGUCGCAUUCGAUAUUGACGGAGACGGUAAACCUGAACUCGUCACUGGAUGGUCGAAUGGGAAAGUGGAUGCCCGCAGCAUUCGCACCGGUGAAGUAUUGAGCAAAGAUUCCUUCGGGCAUUCGAUCGCCGGUAUCGUGAUCGCGGACUACGUUCUCGACGGAACGGAACAACUGAUUGUGUGCUCAGUCGACGGCGAAGUUCGAGGCUAUUCGCCCACUACCGCUGAGUACCGGCAACAACUCAUGGAUGCCAACUACGAGCAAGAAACUAUCAGGGAAUUGAGUCAAAAGAAACAAGCUCUCGUAAUGGAGUUGAGUAACUACGAACAGGCGAAGAAGUUGUCUGAGAUGAACAGCGCUCAGCAAGUUCAGGCCAUCGCCAAUCAAGAUAUCGCCUGCAUUGCGGCAAACACGCGCUUGAAAACUGGUCUCGCCAUCAACAUGGGAGGCGAUGGACUACAGCCGCAUGUGGAGAUCCUCCUGGAAACGAACAACGAGACAAUAAUUCAAGCCGUCAUCGUUUUUGCCGAAGGGAUUUUUCAGAACGAAAGCCUCGUUAUUCACAACGAUGACUUCGCAAGCAGUCAAGCGGUCGUCCCGCUCACACCCCCGAGGGAUGUGGAAGUCGACCUUCACAUCAAAGCCUUCAUCGGUUACAAGAACUCAACCCAGUUCCACGUAUUCGAAGUCUCAAGGGCUCUCCCGAGAUUCGCCAUGUACACCGUCUGCUCGGAGUCCCCGAGCUCAGAGGCAGAAGGCACAGUCAAGUUCCAGCUCAAUGACAGACCUCAUCGAGUGGCCCAAUGGAUAAAUCAGAGUUUCCUCCUGGAAGAAGAAGUAAGCGUGCGAGAAGACCUCCACAUGACUUUCCUCAGCCUUCGUGACUCGAAACUCGUAACUUUCGACAUGGAUUUCUCAGGAGAGAUGACGAUCCGAACUGAAUCCAUGGAAAUCGCUGGUGAGAUGAUUCAGUCGCUCACUUCAUUUCUCGGCAUUGAAGAGCUCCAAUCUGCAGCCGAUUUCCCGGCGGAGAGUGAAAAUCUCCUCCAACUCAUGCAACGCAUCGAAGAAUUCCAGAGUGCUAAGAUGCAAAUGUCGGCGCAGAUGGCUGACAAUUCGGCUCUCAUUCGAGCGCUCAUAGUCAGAGCUGAAGACGCUCGGCUCAUGAAAGAUUUCAAAGCCAUGCGUCAGUGGUACAUGGAACUGCAGCCCCUGAACCGAGAAUUGAUUCAAUCGCACAAAAUACGGAAUCAAAGUCACGAACAAUUGCAACAACAGCUGCGGGAGCUCCACAAAAUACUCCAAAAAGCGGCUCGUCUACGAGUUGGUCAGUACAAAGGUCGCUGUGUGACAGCGUGCCGUGGAGCCCUCAAGACGACGAAUCCUACCGCGGGAGCUCGGGCUCUACUCAAGAUCAUUUCGAGCGGAGAGUGA